AUGGAAAAUUUCAAUGUCAACUGUCAAUGUGUCAAUAACUUGAAAACAGAACGUGGGACUAAUAUUUUCUACUAAAUUAACCAAAAAUAUCAUUUAAAACGGUUAUCCAUUAGUUAUUUGUGAGAAGAAGUUUAUUUUAAAGUGAUUUUGACUUCCUGCAAUAGUUACGUAAGACAAUUUAGCACAAUGCCUAAAGCCACAAAGCUACAUAGCAAAGGCAAGCCAAACUCUCUUCAAAAGUCUUGCAAACCAGACAAGGAAGGAACAGAUGGUGGAAACCCUGAAGAUUCAAUCAGGGAGUUCCAAUUACAACUGUGCUGGUGCAUUCAGCAGUUAGAAAAGACCCUAGCGGACAAAAAAGGAAAUGAAAAACAAUUACAAGAAGCCUGGAAAGUCCUAACAGUGUUGAAAAAUAACAACCAGCCAAUGAUUAGAAAAAGACAAUUAAUGAGAACCCACUUUGGUGACUAUAGAGCUAAAAUGGCAGCCGAAGAAAAGAAACUGGCCAAAAUGGCGAGCAAAAUAAAGAUAUCAGAAAGUCCUGUUCAGCCAAAAGCUACCUUUUUAAGAAAAUCGGCUUUCCUAACCAAUGGAGAUAGCUCAUUUGAAUUCAAUUUUGCGAUACCAAAGGAUUUGACAGAUAGUGAUAAAACUAUUGACCAAAAUAAGAAUUGCAAUUCUGUAGUAAAUGUUACUGGCAACACUGAUUCAUCAAGUGCAAGUGUUGCUACAGAUAAAGAUAAAUUACCACAUGUAGAUUCGCAACCAAAGGAACCUAACAAUAAAAAUAGUGCUUCAUUUUCUGGUUCAGGUUCCGAAUUCAGAUUUAAUUUUGAAAUAGAUGAUGCUUAAAAUAGAAAAAAUGUAGUUCUAUUUUACUCUGAUAAUAUUUUAAGCUCAGUUUUUUUAUAUUUAAUUGUAAAGAUAUACUGACCCUAAAUUGGGGUAACUGUGCUAUUAACUGCUGUUAUAGUGAAAAAAAAGAAUUUAUUGAUAAAAAUAAACUUUUUUUAAUUCUAUUUUUUUUUAAACUACCAUACCCCUUCCAGGUUAGCCCACUUCUGUCUUAGACUGCAUUAUCACUUACCAACAGGUGGGAUUGCAGUCAAGGUCUAACCUGUAUCUGAAUAAGAAAAAAUUGUCGACUGCUGGACAUCGGUAUUUUGUAAGAAUCUCCACAAAAUACAGUCUGUUACUACUUAUAUCUAAAAGCUUGCAUCUUAUCGCUUGAAAUCGUACCUGAGUGGUACAGUUAUUUGGUAAAGAUAUUAAUAAAAAAACCCCGACACAAAAACCUCUAAAAAGUAAAAAAAAUAAGUAGGUACAUAUAAUACAAAUUAUAUUAGGUCGGGUGUCUCGGUGUUGGAGAAACAAACACAAAGUUCAAUAAACACCCCGUUUAUUUUAAUGUCUGUUCACACAGUCACUUGAGUACUUGGAUUAUACCUACUACUCGCGGAACCCUAGUGAAGGGUCUAUUGAGCCGCAGUCUCUUCUCCAGUCUUUCUCUGAGGUCCAACCGGCAGGCAAAAACCGGGUCCGAAGCUGGAGCAGAUAGGACUGAAGAAUUGAGAACUAAAGUAUUUUGUCCAAAUGUAUCAAAGUCAAAGUCAAAGUCAAAAUCAUUUAUUCAAAGUAGGUACAAUCGUUUCUAUAGGCCGUAUAAAUUUAAUUUAAUUAGUAAAGUUUUAACCCAAGCGCUCCUCGCGUCGGAGACUUCUAAAGGUAACAGAAACAGCUAUGAAAUUCAUCUGUUUUACAAAGAAUUUGUGGAGUCAAUAAAGCAGUAAAAUAGCCAAUCUUAGGAAGUCCUCGGAAACAGCUCUUUUUUUGAUGAUUUUUUUCCAGAAAUAAUUUUUAAUAUUUUUUAAUCCAUAUAUUUUAUGAUAUUUAUACAUGAAGUUCAGUAAAACGUUACCUUCUCUUUGAGAGGUUGUAGAGGAGGUCAAAUGCUAUCAAAUGACCUCAACACCUAUGGGCUAGGGUUAAAAACACAUUAAAAUCCUAUCAUCCAUUUACUGUUAAGCUUACACUGCAAAGCAAAGUUACCCCAAUUUGGUUUACUUAUAAGGAUUUAAGGAAAUAAAUUUUAUAAUAUUA